AUGGAAAGAUUUGAAACGGCAGAAGAUAUUAAAAAGAAAAAGACGAAGGCAGCAACAUCUGAUGUGUGGAGAUAUUUCACAAAGUUUGAACCUGGUGAUGAUGGUAUAGAUCGUGCUCAAUGUAAUGGAUGCAAACAGAAGUUUAAGGCUGGUGGUAAACAAUAUGCGACAUCGUCACUUAAGCAUCAUUUAAACAGUGGGUUGCAUCUAAAUGUUACUACUCGAUGGAAUUCUACGUACAUUAUGCUUGAAAGUGUUAUAAAGUAUCAGAAGGCCUUUGAGUAUUUGAAGGCAACUGAUCAUACUUAUAAGCAUUGUCCUUCGAUUGAUGAAUGGGGGAGAGCUGAAAGGAUAUGUGAAUUUUUAUACCCCUUUUAUGAAACUACUAAUUUGAUUUCUGACACAUCUUACCGUACUUCGAAUUUGUAUUUUCUACAAGUCUAUCAUAUUCAAUGUGCUUUGACGGGAAGUUUGAGAAGUGAAGAUGAGCUUCUAAGGAGUAUGGGAGAAAAGAUGAUGAACAAAUUUAAGAAGUAUUGCAAAAAGUAUAGUGUCAUUCUUGCAUUUGGUGCUAUUCUUGAUCCUAAAUGUAAGAUUUUUACUUUAGAACUUAUGUAUGAAGAGAUUGAUGCUAAGACUGCAAAAGGGAAGGUAGAACACAUGAAAAAGAAAUUAUACAAGCUUUUUGAAAAAUUUGACAAAAAUUCUCUUUCAACUGUUGAAGCACAAGGACCUAGUAUUCAAUCUUCAUCCAUGGUCCAUACCCCUGAAAGUGUAAGGAAGAAGCGAUUUGCGAUUGUUGGUAAAUUGAUGAAACAUAACCAUCAAGUUGAGGUCUUUAGUGAAAAGAAUUCACUUGAUACAUACUUGGAGGAGUCACUUUUGUCAAAGGAUUGCUUUGAAGAUUUAGAUGUUUUGGAAUUGUGGAAAUUAUAUGAGAGUCGUUAUUCGAAGUUAUCAAUCAUAGCACGUGCCUUAUUGAGUAUUCCAAUUACUACGGUUACAUCAGAAUCUGCCUUUAGUAUUGGAGCUCAUGUCAUUAACAAAUAUAAAAGUCGAAUAUUGCCAGAAAAUGUUGAGACUGUGAUUUGUACUCGCAAUUGGAAUAAAGGCUUUGUUGAUGAUGAAGGUGAAAGUAAAGAUGUGAAUCCUCAAGGUGUUAGGCAAGGCGGUGUUUCAACUUCUAGAUCAGAUUCAAAUUUUAUUGAUUUAGAAGUUGAUAAUUAA